CAGUUUCAGCGUCUAGCUCGUCCAGCACAGUCGUAGCCGUAACUCCAGCCAUAAAAAUCAACAUGAAAUUCCUCAUUGUGUUCGCUCUCUUCGCCUGCGCGGCCGCCGAUGUCAGCCACCUGACCAGCUACCUGCCCCCCGUGCACAGCCACAGGCCCAGCAACGAGUACCUGCCCCCAGUGCAGCAAUACACCAGCUCCUACUCCGCCCCCAGCAUCAGCACCAGCUACGUCGCCCCCUCGGCUAGCUACUCCGCACCCGCUGUCCAGCAGACCUACACCGCUCCCUCGGUCAGCUACUCCGCCCCCACUAACGAGUACCUGCCCCCAGUGCAGACCCAGACCUACACCGCUCCCUCGGUGAGCUACUCUGCCCCCGCUGUCCACUACACCGCCCCGGCCGUGUCCUACUCCGCACCCGCUGUCCAGUACUCCGCUCCUUCGGUCAGCUACUCCGCUCCCGCUGUCCAGCACACCUACUCCGCCCCCAGCAUCAGCACCGCCACUAGCUACGUCGCCCCCUCGGCUGGCAUUUCCUCAGCUAGCUACACCGUCCCCGCGGUCAGCUACUCCGCCCCAGCUGUCCACAACGUCGAUGUUGGCACCCAGUACGCCUCCAACGGUGGCUACGUCUACAGGAAGUAAGAUGCCUGCAAACUGUUCAAGCUCUAACACUUACGCUAUACUCAUAUAGUUUUUGUUCUUUUUUUUUACUUUUGUAUUUUUUUAUGAUUAUUAAAAUGCAACAAAAUCCCAAAC